GGGUAAGCGGCUGACGAGACACGUGUAUAAAGGGAGGAAGAAGUAGAGAGAUAAAAUGACGAUGGUGACCUGAAUGAAGGAAGAAGAAAGAACCCACCGGAUCUAGGGCUUCUCCUCGACGGAUUCAACACGCAGAUGAUUCUACCUCUCUGGAUUUUUUCACAGCUUUUAUCAAAUUCUCUUCUCUCCAUCUCUCCCGAUAUUCAAAAAAACUAGGGAUUCUCGAUGAAAACGAUGAUGAUUGGUUCAAUCUUAAGAGUAUGCAGCAGGCUUGAUUAAUUAUUGAGAGUAAUUGGACCUUCACCGAAUCAAAAGGAAGAAACUUUUAUAGAUUUGACAAGAAGUGAGUUUACUGUAAAACUAUGAGGGCAUUGCACAAAUCCAAAAGGGUAUCUUGGCCACCAGAUUUUAAACUUUGCCAGGUACGUCUCUUCAUAUCGGAGGAUUCACCUUCACAAGUUGGAUCAGAAUCUCAAGAUCACCUGCAAGCAAAGUCACAUCCGAGCGAGGAUAAUCUGCCACCUGGUUUCGGUGGACCUCUUUCUGCAAAUGAGUCUCAGAUUAAGUUAUCAGAUAUCCCUGUAAUUAAGUGGAAAUGCUCUAUCCGGAUUCUGCUAGAUGAGGAAUGGAGAGUGGUUGCAGGGGAUGAAAGCAAAGAAGUGGAGACGCAAAAUCAAAGGGAAUUGAGAGUUCUUGAAGCAUUCUAUCCUGGCGCAUCAGCUAUUCCUCCAAACCCUUCGGUUCCUGCUGAUGUUGACAACUCAGAGUAUGAUGAUCAGCAAACCGUUGUCAUCCCCAUUCUACCUGUAGAAGACGAUGACCUAGCAAUGGAUUCAGCAUCUGAUCUCCCAGCCCAAUCUGGCGUGGAUGUGGGAACAGAGCCAUCAAGAACCGAUGAGAACACAUCAGUUUCUUCAACCCUCCCCGCAGCGUCAGAAAUAAUGGCUGCAUUAACUGCAAUUUCAAACAACAAAGAACUAGGCAGCGGCAUGAUCGACCAAGAUCUGCUUAUGAAAAUCUUGAGCAACCCUAAGCUGGUAGAGAAUCUUGUUGCAAAUAAUGGUGGCGCAGGUUCAGUCUCCUCCAACGCAAGUAGCCCCUACCUAUCUGAAGCAAAUGGAGUAGUAACCACAACACCUGCCAGCUCAAAUGGACAAUAUUACCCUCAGCCAACGGUAACUCAUACUCCUUCCAUGACCUAUCCUCCUCCAGCUUCUUCAGAUCAUCCCAACUAUGGAGCACCACCUGCCAGAGAUGCUAGUUAUUACAAGAGCCUGAUUCAGCAACAUGGCGGGGAAAGACAAGAGGCGCCACCGCCGGUUCAACAACAUCUCGGUUAUCGUUAUAACCCUCAACCUGGAGGAGGACCUAACCCUGAGAUGGUAAAUAGCAAUAAUAAUAACAACCAGAGGCCAAGGGAUUCAAAACCAAAGAUAAUGAAGCCGUGCAUGUACUUCAACAGCUCGAGGGGUUGUCGCAAUGGAGCCAACUGUUUAUACCAGCACGAUGCUGCAGCUUACCAGCCGAGGAAUCCAAACAAUGGUAAUGAGAUGCCAAGUGCAAAAAGAAUGAGAUUUGACAGGGACUGAAGCAGAGAAUUAGCAUACCACCACCAUGCUCUUCUCCUCUUGGUGUGAGAGAGCUUGUUGUUAGCAGCAGAGCAAUUUUUUCUUCUUCUCUCUUGCCUGGCUUUGCUGCUAUAUAAGUUUUAUUUACUUUUUGAAACUAUUUCUUGGUCUAUUCCACUCAUAUAAUAUAAUUAGGGAAUUUUCACUCUC